AUGCCAAGCUAUACUCCCUCCUGCGGCUGUAGCCGUGGCACCAGCGUGGAGGGCAGCAAGUGGUAUGGGGUCCGCUCCUAUCUGAAUCUCUUCUAUGAGGACUGCGCAGGGACUGCCCUCAGUGAUGACCCCGAGGGACCCCCAGUCCUGUGUCCCCGCCGACCCUGGCCCUCGCUGUGCUGGAAGAUCAGCCUGUCCUCGGGGACCCUGCUUCUGCUGCUGGGCGUAGCUGCCCUGAUAACGGGCUAUGCUGUGCCCCCCAAGCUGGAGAGCGUUGGCUUCAGUGAGGCCCCCAUCCUGGACCAGCGCGCAGCCGACUACAACCAGGCCCUGGGCACCUGCCGCCUGGCAGGGACUGCGCUAUGUGUGGCAGCUGGCAUUCUGCUGGCCAUCUGCCUCUUCUGGGCUGUGACAGGCUGGCUGAGCCAGGACACCAAGGCAGAGCUCUUGGACGCCGAGGCCGACAGCCCUGGGGAGGUCUUCAAGGACGAGCCAGAGCAGCAGUUUGCGCCUGUCUUCCGCGAUGGGGGUGGCCAGUCGUGGUUCUCAACAUCCACCGGCCACUCAGGGCAGCCAGUGCAGACCACCCAGCCCACGCGGGACUUGUGA